CCGGUACCAACUCAACUCCAACAAAAACUCCACAUAAAAAAACAAAUAAUAAAAAAAACGUUUAUUUGAAACGUAUAUUGUUAAACGUUACACAUGACACGACUAACUAAGCUAAUAGAAUUAAUUACAAAGUACGAGUAAAUGUGAAAUUUAUUUAUCCGCAAAACAAUUUCUAUGUUGGUAUGCGUGUCGUGUUAACCUAAUUUUUAGAGCAAUUUUUUUCGGCUAAUUUCCCAUAGAACAUGCUAUAUUUUACAAAACUCGCCCCGAAACGUCUCGGCCUCGGUUAUAGGUCCAUUUGCGGGCUAAAUUUGUGGCAUGAGGAAAUAAACGCCGAUAUUAAGCACAAAAUCGAAGAUUACUGGCGCGACAGACUGAAAGUCGCCAAUUUCGAUGAGAAUGCCCCGUCCGGGGACAAGUAUUACGUGUUGUCAAUGUUCCCCUACCCGUCGGGGUCCCUCCACAUGGGGCACGUCCGCGUUUACACCAUUAGUGACGCAAUUGCGCGGUUCCAGCGCAUGAACGGCAAAAAUGUGAUUCACCCAAUUGGCUGGGACGCGUUUGGGCUCCCGGCCGAAAACGCGGCUAUUGAGCGCCAAGUGGCGCCGCGAGACUGGACACGGAGCAACAUCUCGCAUAUGAAAAGCCAACUGCAGCGUUUGAGGUGCAGUUUCGAAUGGGGGCGCGAGUUGGCGACUUGCGACUCGUCGUACUACAAGUGGACGCAAGACUUGUUUUUGAAGUUGUACGAUUCGGGCCUUGUUUACCAGAAAAGGGCUGUUGUGAACUGGGACCCCGUCGAUGAGACUGUCCUCGCCGAUGAGCAAGUGGACGAGAACGGGUGCUCCUGGCGCUCGGGGGCCAAAGUCGAGAAAAAACUCUUAAAACAGUGGUUUAUUCGAACGACUAGGUUUGCUAAAGACUUGUUAGAGGGGCUUGACGACCCCCUUUUGCAAGACUGGAGGGACGUUAUUAAGCUACAAAAGCAUUGGAUCGGGGACUGCGACGGGGUGAAUUUUGAUUUUAAAGUUAAAGGGGGCGACGAUUUUCUCACUCUAUGGACGCCCAAACCCGAAGCGAUCAAUUCGGUCAAAUUCGUAGCCCUUGACUCGAAACACGUUUUAGGGGAAACCCCGGGAGUUUUAAUAGACGAGGGAACAAAAAGAUUAAAUUUGGAGCUGGUACACCCCUUUAGUGGGGCCCCAAUUCCGGUUUUUGUGACCAACCAAAUUGAAUUUUUGCCUUUUACUGAUACUUUUGUCGGAAUUCCGAGCGUUUGCCCCCAAGCCGCUCAAUUCGCGGAUAAAUUUCAAAUCUCGUACGAAAAAACUAAUUUGGGUGAAAACGAGCGUUUAAGUUUGCAAAAUCAAAUUUGCCGCCAAGCGAGUGAAUUGGGAGUGGGCGGGUACUGGUCAAGUGCCAAGUUGCGUGAUUGGUUGAUUUCGCGUCAGAGGUUGUGGGGAACGCCUAUUCCUAUCGCUCAUUGUGACAGUUGUGGUGCUCAACCAAUCAGAGAGCUUCCUGUGGAGCUUCCAACAACGUCACUGUCACAAAAAGGCGGGGCUUAUUUGAAACAACUCUCUGAUUGGGUGGACUGCACUUGUCCUAAAUGUAACAAAAAAGCAAAACGCGAAACUGAUACUAUGGACACAUUUGUUGACAGUUCGUGGUAUUAUCUCAGGUAUCUUGAUCCGUCAAAUUCUCAAAAAAUGUUCGAUGAAAAUAAAGCGAAAAAAAUGAUGCCCGUUGAUUUGUAUAUCGGAGGCAAGGAACACGCAGUGCUUCAUUUAUAUUACGCGAGGUUUAUAAGUCAUUUUUUGUACUCGCAAGGUUUGCUCCCUGAACGUGAACCUUUUAAGCGGUUAUUGGUCCAGGGGAUGGUCAUGGGGCGGAGUUACAGAGUCAAGGGGACGGGCCGAUAUGUCCCCGAAAGUCAAGUCAAAGUGAUAGAUAAGAAGAAAAACAGGGCUGUUGUUGAAUCGACUGGGGAGGCUGUGGUCAUGGGUUGGGAAAAAAUGAGUAAAUCAAAACACAACGGAGUGGAUCCGGGGGAUAUGUUCCGGGAGUACGGCAGUGAUACCACCCGACUUUUGAUUUUGGCGGAUGUGGCGCCAACUUCACACCGCAACUGGAACAGCAACACUUUUCCCGGGAUACUCAACUGGCAAAAACGCCUCUGGUUGACCAUCAGAGACUUCCUCAAACACCGGAAAAGCCCCCCACCACCAAUCCCCGACGACCAGUUCAAGGCACACGACGAUUACAUGUUUGACUCUCGCAAUUAUUACAUCAAGGGGGCGACUUUCAACUAUUGCCGGUCGCAGCAGCACAGUGUUGCCAUUUCGAAACAACUGGGGCUUACGAACAGUAUCAGGAGGGCGCCACCGGCAAUUUUUGCCAAAAGUCUACAAUUUGAGAGGGCUUUAGCCGCUCAAAUUAUUUUAUUAGCACCAAUGGCGCCACAUUUUGCAUCGGAAUUGUGGAGUGGGUUUGUCUCCGCCCCCGAUCGGUUAAACCAAUCGGGGGAGAUCGAUUGGGAAAAACCGGUUCUUGAACAAAGAUGGCCGACUCUCGAUGACAGAUACAACCUUGAUUUGGUUUGUAAAGUCAACGGGGUUGAAGUUUGCAACGUUAAAAUACCGAAAUGUGAUUUCGAAAAGUUGGGGGAGGAGGAAGCUAUAAAAAUUGCGUUGAAUCAAAAAGAAGUGAAAGAGAUUUUAGGAGAGAAAGAAGUUGAACGUACGGGAUAUAUGUUUGAACCUGAUUAUGAAGGUGUAGUUAGUAUUUUUACAAGAUGGGAACGUAAAGAAAAAAGUGUAACUCAGUAAUAGUUUAUUUAAAUAAAUUAUUUCUCAUA